AUGGCCUUAAUAGCAAACACGUGACACUUUGCAUAAUUAAGUGGAUGUGAUUGUGAAAAGUCACAAACCGGUAAAUCCAGCUUCACAGGUGUGCGCUGGAUUAAAUUAAUUAACGAAACAGAUGGUAAUUUAUCUUCAAAGUGCCUCAUUGUAAUUGGAUUGUGUUAUCUACUGUAAGAUAUCGGAUAUGACCACACACGUAAAAUAUAUCACUAUGAAAAGCUUUGAAGUUAAUGCUGCGGUGAUGAGUGUCCCUGAGCGUGAGUUGAUGGGUAACAUUUUGGUGAGUGAAACAGGUGAGCCCUUGCUCCCAAGUCACUCCAACAUAGCUAAAUUCAAACGAGGGAACGAUGGCCUUUAUGUUCACACUGAGGACUGGAGUGAAAUUGUGAAGAGAAGACAAUUGGUAAACGCCAAGGAACGAAUGAGAAUCAAAAACAUGAACAGCAUGUUCUCCCGUUUGAAGCGUAUGGUACCACUGAUGCGUCGUGACCGUAAACCCAGUAAAGUGGAUACGCUGAAGGCUGCCACAGAAUACAUCAAGCUACUGGUGGCUGUACUACAGGACUCUGACAGUAAUAAUGGGAGCAAGACUGAUUUCUUGAAGAAUGCGAUCAACUAUGCAACUUCUGAUGGGAUGUGUGGUGAUCUGUGGAGGGUGGAUGAGCUGCUGGACAGUGUGUCAGGAGUGUCCGGUAGUGAGUUGUCCGACGGGGUGACUAUGACUCUUCCCUUGGUGACUACAGGGUUUGGAGCAGGAGAUGGAGACGUGAGUGGGCUGGUGCUGCACCACUGUGUGAUGCCCACCUACCAGUACAUCAUCCAGGUGGCACCGGACCAGACCAUGAUGUUCCAGCCCAGUUGAGAGGAAUGGUAGAGAGGCCCAUCCUGGACUCAACAUACCUUCCAGGGGCUAUGCUUCAGAUGGGAGAAUGUUCUCGGAAGGAAAACAGACGGAAGGAUGUUGUAUUUGUUAAAUUAUAUUUUAUGAGUUUGUUUGGUACAUGGUGUUUUGUUAAACUUUAUUUAUUUGUACAAUAUUCAGCAGCCCCUUAUAAUAAAAUGAUAAGCAUGGA